AUGACCUUCUCCACCAUUUCCACUUACCUUCUCUUACCUCUUCUUUUUCACUUCGCCAGUGCCGCCGUUUUUAAUAUCCGAAACAACUGUCCAUACACUGUCUGGGCUGGUGCAGUGCCGGGCGGUGGCCGACAGCUUAACCCAGGCCAAACCUGGACUUUAAAUGUGGCAGCAGGCACAAAAGGAGCUCGUAUAUGGCCACGUACAAACUGCAACUUUGAUGGGUCCGGUCGAGGCAGGUGUCAGACUGGUGACUGCAACGGCCUCCUCCGGUGCCAAAACUAUGGCACACCACCUAACUCAUUGGCCGAGUAUGCUCUGAAUCAAUAUAAUAAUCUUGACUUCUUCGACAUUUCUCUUGUGGAUGGAUUCAAUGUGCCAAUUGAAUUUAGCCCGAACUCUGGUGGGUGUACCCGAGGCAUCAGAUGUACAACGGACAUCAAUGGCCAAUGCCCUAAUGAGUUACGGGCUCCUGGUGGGUGCAAUAACCCUUGCACGGUGUUCAAGACCGAUCGAUAUUGUUGUAACUCAGGUAACUGUGGGCCAACUGAUUUUUCUAGAUUUUUCAAGGCUCGAUGCCCUGAUGCUUAUAGCUACCCGAAAGAUGAUCAAACUAGCACGUUUACAUGCCCUGGUGGAACCAACUACAGGGUUGUGUUUUGCCCUUGA